AUGAUAUAGGUAUUAAGCAAGAAUUAAGCCACAUAUGCUCUUUUAAAAUAUAGAAGCAUUAAACCAUUCAACGCAGUUUAUAGCAACCAAAUUUUUGCAUUUUCAUCUAAUAGCGAUUACAACAAAAUGAUUAAAAGUUUAUAAGAAAAAAACAUUCUAAUAGGGAAAGCUCAAUUUAGAUAACUCUAUUUCCCUAUAAAGAGAAUACACUUUGAAGAAAACAAUCCAUUUUAAAAGAUAUAUUAAAACCCUUAACAAUCUCUUCCAAACAUCAGAAAAAAAGGUAGAUUAAUGAGGUUCUUUUAUCACAUUCCCUUCUUCACCUAUUUGCUUAAUUAUGUUUUCUUUUUACCACCAAGCUAAUUAGUCCACGAAGCUAUACUAGCAUCACUUUUUAUAAGUGCUAAUUUAAAGAGUUUUACUGAUACAUUUAAAUAUUCCAGAGAAAUUGGAGAGCUAUACAUUAACAAUGAUGCAUAAAAGUAUAUAGCUAUCUUUCCCAAAUACUAAAUAUUGAGAAAUAUAAAUGAGCUAUAAGGAAAGAUUAAAGGCAGUUAAUAUGAACCUAAUUAAGCAUUAGGAUUUUAAUUUACAUUGGAUGAUAUUGAAUAAAUUUCUUUGGUUUCUAAUGAUCAAUAAAAAAUUAAAGACUAAUUAAAUGAAAAGAUUGGCACUAAGAAAGCUGGAUAAGCUGAUUCUUAAUAAAAAUUAAACUAAGCUGAAUAAAAAUAGCAAAUUCUAGAAAAGCUUAAAAAUAUUGAAGAGAAUGAUGAAGCACUUAUUAUAACAAUUUCAAAAGAUACUUGGAACUGUGCAAGAACAUUUAGGUUAAAUUUAAAAGAUAACUAACUGCCAUAAUACAAUGAUUAUAUGAUAGCUUUAGGUUGUAAAUAAAGAAUAGUUAUGAGAGAGUCUAUGGCACCAAAAACUGAAUAAUCUAAAACUGAAACUGCUGACUAAGAAAAGAAAAAUGAAAAAGAAUAAUAAAAUUUUGAAUAAAAAAUAUCUCCUAAUCAAGCAGCUUAGUGA